UGCCUCUCCUCCUCGCUCGCCACCUCUAGUGAUCGAGCACCAGAUCUACUUAUAAUAGCUAGACGCUAGAGCUAGCACGUACGUCGUCGUCGUUGGUGGCCAUGGAGAGGCGCCUGGUGGCGGUUGCGGGGAGCGGGAGGCUGUACUCGUCGUAUUCGUCGACGGCGAGGUCGUCGCGGAGGAGGUGGAGCAGGCGGCGGUUGACGACCGCUGGCGGCGGUGCGGCGGCGGCGGGCGUGGCGCUGAGGCGGAAGGUGCGGGAGCUCCGGCGGCUGGUGCCAGGAGGGGAGGAGGCGCCGGCGAGGAGCCUGCUCGUCCGCACCGCCGACUACAUCGUCCGGCUCCGGGCAAGGGUCGAGCUCCUCAGGGCGCUCUCCGCGUUCUACGACCUACCGCGCCACGACGGCGCCGGCGCCGGAGUGCCGCCGCGGCCAUGAUCGAUCAAGAUCAACCACAUGCAGUAGCUACCAAUGAUGUAUAGAAGAUUAAUUCAUUUCGAUCGAUCGAUAAGCUAUCAAAACAUUGAAUUUUUUGUAGAGUGGAUGGAGUUCAGGCAGACCGGAGGAGAAUUUAUUAAUUACAAGAUCUUAUAUAAUUAGUUUUGUUAGUUGUUAAUUCGAGUUCUUCUUCCUCUCCGUUUUCCCCCUCUGAUUGAUUCUUCGAUCAGCGGCUCAUUCUUUUUAGGGUGAAAUAGAGGCUCUUGGUGUUUAUAUUUGUUUCCAUGGUUGGUUUUGUUAUCUUUUUGCUGGCACGCAAAUUGUUCG